UUCGCUUAUAACUUACAUGGCCUUACUCGAACUAGUUUAUAUAAAACUGUCCGAGAGAAUAAGAUAUCGCAUUUGACGUUACGUUAUCGACCAUAACAGGCCGAUCGAUUAUAACUUAUCGAAAAAUCUGAAUAAUAUUUGUGUAGUGAUGGCUCCAGUGAACGCUGAUGUUGUUAAUGGUAGCAAGGUGACUUCACCGGUCAAGAAAACACUACCCGAAGUUGAAGACAGCAAUACAAAAAGAUAUUCAUACGAAAUGCUUGUGGAGACAGCCAACUUCCUCCUAUCCAAAACGGAUGUGCGUCCCAUCAUUGGGGUUAUUUGCGGAUCUGGGAUGGGUUCGUAUUGGAACGAGGGUUCACUGGCUGAGAACAUCGCGCAACCUGAAUGUAUCGCUUAUGAAGACAUACCAAAUUUUCCUAUCAGCACGGUUGAAGGUCAUCACGGAAAACUAGUUUUUGGGUAUAUAGGUGAAGUUCCGGUUGUUGCUAUGCAGGGCAGAUUCCACUAUUACGAAGGAUACCCCCUUUGGAAGUGUUGUUUGCCAGUACGAGUUAUGAAACUCCUUGGAGUAAAAGCUCUGAUUGCGACGAAUGCAGCGGGAGGUCUGAAUCCAAAUUACAAAAUUGGGGAUGUGAUGAUUGUGAGAGAUCAUAUUAAUAUGAUGGGUUUUGCUGGAAAUAACCCUUUACAUGGACCUAACGAUGAACGCUUCGGUCCACGAUUCCCACCAAUGAACAAAGCCUAUAAUUAUGAGUUCAGAAAAGUUGCUAAAGAGGUGGCUAAAGAAUUAAAUAUCGAUAACAUAGUAAGGGAAGGUGUGUACACAUGUUUAGGAGGACCGAAUUUUGAAACUGUAGCAGAAUUAAACAUGUUGAAAAUGCUUGGGGUGGAUGCGGUUGGGAUGUCUACUGUUCAUGAGGUCAUAACAGCAAGACACUGCGACAUGAGCGUCUUCGCUCUGUCUUUAAUAACGAAUGAGUGUGUUACAAGCUACGAUCAUGAUGCUGAAGCUAAUCACGAGGAAGUUUUGGACGUUGGACGUAUGCGCCAGGGCAUACUUAGGGACUACGUAUCGAAACUAGUAAACAGAUUCGUAAAAUAUUUACCUCAAAACCCUUGAAUCCGUUUUGAAAGUGACCUUGAGAACUAUUUUGACAUUAACUCACUAUUUUAAGGAAUAUGUGAUUUCAAUAUUUUUAUGUUAGAAUCUAAUAUUGAUUUACUUUAUAAGGAUAAACGAUUUUCUUGUGCUGUUUAAGUUAUUUUAAUAAUGAUUAAGUUAUAGAAACUCGAAGAGAUGUUAGUUUUGAUAAGCUGUAAUAAUUUGUAAUACAGGUAAUAAAUGAUACGAUUAUAAUUUCUCUA